UAUCCCUUCAUAAUCUAAACGACGUGGUGCGAAGGAGCCGUCAUUUGUGGAGUUUUUAUUGUCGUAGACUUUGAAAUUCCUGUGGGGCAUGUCAGCGACUAUCGAACAGCGACCCAAGGAUCACACUGGCAAAGGGUACGUGAACAAAAAUGGUGAAUUACAAAAUGUGGCGGGCGAAGACAUCGACCGAUACCUACAUCCGGGAACGAAACAGGGCAACGACAAGCAGUUAAAUUCUCAACAAGCCGCCACGAGCUUGCCGAACCAACUAACGGACACAUAUCUUCCACCUUUUUAUCCGAGCACAAGCACUGGAUCGAACACUGGACUGCCUCCAAUGCCUUUCCCUUAUCUGAAUGCGGCUGGAAUUAGCGACGGCACUUGGUCGACCGGCGUGCCUUCGCUGAACCCGAACACGCUAUUUCCGUCUUCGGGCUUCAGUGCUGUUGGAAACGGUGAACAGCUUUUGCAGGAUCAGAUGUUUAAUCACAAUGCAGGAGUCGCCGUCUCCACAAACGCUUAUUUAAGCAGUUUGAGUCACAACUCACAGGGACCCCCAGCAUUGUAUUUUCCCGGAACUUCAACAGAUAUUUCGUGGGGUGAACAAUCCCAGGGGCCACCAAUGCUGCCUAAUUUUUACCAACCACCACCUCCUCCGACUUCUGAACAUGGAGCGUUAAAUCCAAUUGGGGUCGAGAUUGACUCAUUGAAAGGAAAAGAAUUUGGUUCUGCGGGAAAUGUGGAGAAUGCUCUAUCUAGUUUGGCCCUUGGAGUGGAUGACAAAGGAAAUGAAGGACUGAAUGAUCAAAGCAAGUUGUCUUCAGUAACUAGUGCGUCAACUGUUACUGCUUCUGAGACUAAACCAAAGUCUUGGGCUGCAAUUGCCAGUCAACCAGCUAAACCCAAGCCAAAACUGCCUCCACCAAAACCAAAAGUGCCUCCUCCUAUGACUUCACAACCAGCUGUUAUGUCUUCUAAAACUGAGUCUGGAGCAUGGGGCAAUGCUGUUAAAUCGGGGGCCAACAAGCCUGCUAUUGGUCGCGGCACAAGGCCACGACCCAAUCCUGCAGGAGGUAUGUCUGGAAAUCCAGGACCUUCAAAUACACCGGUUACUCCAUCCGAGUCAGUUCCAAUUCUUGAUAAAUUGAAGGCCAAGAACUGCUACAACCCAAAGGAAUUCAGUCUUGUUCAGAAAAAUGCCCGCUUUUUCAUUAUCAAAAGCUACAGUGAGGACGAUAUUCAUCGUUCAAUCAAAUACAGCGUGUGGACAAGCACGGAGCAUGGCAACAGGCGAUUGAACGAGGCUUUUAAAGAGCAACAGGGCGCUAAGGCUCCCAUUUACCUUCUUUUCAGUGUGAAUGGAAGUGGUCAUUUCUGUGGUAUUGCAAUGAUGAUGUCUGAAGUCGAUUUGGAGAUUGAGACUGGAAUUUGGUCUCAGGAUAAAUGGAAGGGCAAGUUUGAAGUGAAAUGGUUCUAUGUGAAGGAUGUGCCAAAUAAUGCGUUGCGUCACAUUCGCUUGGAGAACAAUGACAACAAACCAGUCACCAAUUCUCGCGACACUCAGGAAGUGCCUCCUGAAAAGGGGAAACAGGUGCUGAAGAUCAUUCACUCUUACAAGCACCAGACCUCAAUCUUUGAUGACUUUGGCCAUUACGAGAAACGACAGGAUGAGGAAUUCAAAAAGGGAGGCAAGAAAGUGGUUGGUGUUAAGGCACCAUGAGUGACAGCUGCAAGCCUCAGCUUAUCCUUCCUGUGCAGAACAAUUGAUCUUUGACUUUAUAUUACUCAUGACAAGUUGGGUGAAGGAACCUACAGAAAAUCACUGUUUGAAGGAUGCCCGUCAUUCAAACAGUGAUUUCGUAUUUGUAUAAUCUUGACGUUAGAGUAACAUCGUCCGUAUAAACUAGUUAUAUGUACUGGGAAACAGCAACAAUCUUUUGCUACUUGAAAAUGCUUAGAAUCAAAUCGAUAAAACGUUAGUGGUUGAGCUCGAGUAGAUUGAAGUCUGGUUGGUGUAGUGUACCACUGACACCUGUGUAUAGCUGCCAUAUGGUGUUUAUUUUAGGAGGGGUUCCUUUCACAAUAAACAACUUCACUAUGA